AUGGUACAACUGGCAAACACUACAACUCAGUUCAUGUCCGAAACAAAGACUAACUUCCAAAAUCAAGCAGCUUUUAUUCGUAACUUAGAGGUACAAGUUGGUCAGUUUGCCAACAUCAUGGUGGAUAGGCUUCCAGGUAAUUUGCCAAGCACAACAGAAGUCAAUCCAGUGGAGCACUGUAAGACAAUUACCUUGAGGAGUGGUAAGGAAUUGGUUGAACCAGAGCAAAAUAAGAAGCCUACAAAAGCAGUUCAACAAACAGAGAUUACACCAGAACCAUCUACUAAGAUAGUUGAGGACACUGCGACACCACAAUUACCCAGUUCAUUGGCCAUUCCAUUUCCUCAACGUCUCCAGAAAAACAAAAAGGAUAAGCAGUUUAGUAAGUUUAUUGAUAUUUUUAAGAAACUAUAUAUUAACACUCCUUUUAUAAAUGCUCUCACACAAAUGCCACAGUAUAUGAAAUUCAUGAAGGACAUCUUGCAGAAGAAAAGAAAGCUGGAGGAUUAUGAAAUGAUCCUACUCACAAAGGAGUGUAGUGCUAUACUACAAAGAAAACUUCUGCCCAAACUGAAAGAUCCAGGGAAUUUUUUUAUUCCUUGUUCAAUUGGUGAUGUUGUCUUUGAAAAUGCUUUAUGUGAGUUAGGAGCCAAUAUUAACUUACUCCCUUUAUCUAUUUCCAGGAAAUUGGGACUUGGAGAGGUGAGACCGACCACAGUUUCAUUGCAGCUGGCUGAUAGAUCAAUAAAGUACCCAAGGGGGGAUCAUUGA